UAUGUUAAAAUUGUUCUUCCACAUGUUGUUCUUGUCGCUGUUGUGUGCCUGUAUGCCGUUGCUGGUGCAUGGAUUUUCUACAGUCUUGAAUCGCCGCAUGAAGAUAAGCUGAAAAAAAUUGGAGUGCAAAGUAUCAAGGAGCUGCGAAAAGAAUUGGUCCAGGUGCUGUGGUCAAAGCGUGAUCAGAUGAAGACAGCAGGGAUGCACAGCUGGACACGGCUGACCGAUACAAAACUCCAAAAAUUCAAUGAAUAU